AUGCACCGAGUGGUCUCCAACCAGCGCUCGGUCUCCUCCUCCUCCGGCUCCUUCCAGGCUCCCCCGCCGCCUCCCCCCGCCGCUGCCGGGGAUCUGCAGCCCCUCUUUCUGGGCAGCGGCGGCGGCGGCGGCGGCGGCGUCAGCAGCACCAGCAGCUCCAGCGGCGGCACCCGGAGGGGCAGGCGGGGCUCGGUCUCCAACUCGGCCUCGACCCGGACCCGCAGCAGCGACCGCAGCAGCAGCGACCGCAGCAGCAGCAGCAGCGACCGCAGCAGCGAGGAGGACGAGGACGAGGAAGGCGAAGCGGAAGAAGUCAAGCCGCUGGUGCCGGCGCAGGAGCCCGCCUCGGCGGCGGCCGCCGUUGCCAUUCCCGCCGAGGCCGCCUGUGCCUCGUCGGGCUUCAGCAGCUCCUCGUCAUCGGGCUGCACCAUGACCGCCGGCGAACUGUACGGGGCUCCGCUCGCCGGGCCGGGGGCGGCGCCGGGCCCGGCGGCCGGACUGCUGUGGGCAGGGGGCUCCGGCGGCGGCGGCGGCGCGGCGGGGCCGCGUUGGGGCUACCAGGCGCUGUCCCUGGUGCUGCUGCUGGGCCAGGGGGCGCUGCUGGACAUCUACCUGAUCGCCGUCACCGACCUGUACUGGUGCAGCUGGAUCGCCACCGACCUGGUGCUGGCCGCCGGCUGGAGCAUCUUCUUCUGCCGCAACAGCCGCGCGCGUCGGCGGGAGCGCCCGCUGGGGGCCGGAGGGGGCCACCCGGCGCCCCCGCCCUUGCACCCGCUGCUGGGUCACGGCCCCUACGGCGGCAGAGGCGGCGGCGGGGGGGCCUCGGGGGGCAAGGCGGGGGCCGCUCCUCGCGGCGGGGACUUCGCCUACGCCCACCUGGCCUGGCUGAUCUACGCCAUCGCCUUCACGCCCAAGGCGGCGCUCAUCCUGGGCACGUCCAUCCUGGAGCUGGUCGAGCUGCGCCUGCCGCUGGGCGCCACUGGCUUCCGCAUCACGCUGGCGCUCUCGGCCCCGCUGCUCUACUGCUUGCUGCGCGCCAUCAGCACGGAAGCAGGCGGCGGCCAGCUGCUCCUGCCGCCCCAGCCGCCACCCCAGCACCGCGCCUCCGCUGCCUUCCUGGCCACCUGCCUGGACCUGCUGGACAGCUUCACCCUCCUGGAGCUGCUGCUCCUGCAGCCGGGCCGGCCCGCCUUGCCCUUGCCGCCGCCCGUCCGGUACGUGCUCAUCGCCGUCUAUUUCCUGUGCCUGGCCUCGCCCGUGCUCUGGCUGUACGAGCUGAGCGCCCCGCGGGCCCCCGGCGCCGGCCGCCUGGCCCUGCACUGGCUGCUUCCCGCCGGACUCCUGGAUGCGCCCCUGCUGGCCCUGCGCUGCCUCCUGCUGGUGCGCUACCAGCAGCCGCUCUCCAUCUUCAUGCUCAAGAACCUCUUCUUCCUGGCCUGCCGUGGCUUGGAGGCCAUGGAGACCUGCUACCUUGUCCACUCUGCCAGCAGGCAGGGGGGCAAGGGCAAGAACGUGCCCGUCCUCUCCACAGGCGUCGGGGCCAGCCAGCUCAGCCACUGCAUCUCAGAGAACGACAUGGGGCCCCACGGCUAUGUCAACACGCUGGCUGUCGCUGCCCAGAGCUGAGGACGAAAGGGAGGGGGCUCCAAAGUCAGGCUGGGCGCCCAUCUACUCCUUGUAACUUUAUUUCUUAUCAAUCCAGUGUAGCUG